UCUGCGCUAGUCAUUGUUUCCAUAUUAUUGGAGUUGAAAGCGGAAGCCAGUCACAAUUCAUCGAACGAUUUGCAGAUUAACAAUCAAAAAUCGCUUCGUAGUACGUACGAGAGUCUUUCUCAGCAGUUGCUUCAGAUUCGUCACCUACUCAAAUCUUUACUUACUGAAUGGAAUUUCGGUGAAAGCGAAAUUACAGAGCGAACGUUCGGACGCAUUCGACUAUUUCGAAAAAUAAUUUUACCAGCAGCCUUCAUUGGUGGUCUCCUCACUGCCGUGAUCUUUAAGAUAAAAAUACUUGGAGUAUUGAAUCUAUUGCUAGUAGGCAAAGUGUUGUUACUUCAGCUUGGAUUUAUGGUAGCAAAGAUCGUUUAUGCAUUAAAAGAUUUUCUUCCUUCGAAACACGAUUCACCACAGGUCUAUCCUGUUUAUCAUCAACCUCCACCCCCACAGCAAAUUUUCAUUCCAGUACCUUCAAAUGGAAAUUCAGAUUUUCAUAAACAUCAAGUUCAUAAUCUUGGUGGUCACGAUGACCACAGCGACUUUUUCAAAAGAAGCUCGGAAUACGACUACAGAUUCGGAAACAAUCAAGACUAUAAGUGGUUACAGCAAUCAAAUUAUUAUGAUCAACAACCGUCAUUUAACCAACCAUACAGAUUUUACAUGCCUCCAAAAGAUUUUCCAUCACCCGUUAAUCUUUAUCAGCCACAGCAUCAAAUGAGUAUUGGACAAUCACAAAGGGGAUCAGUUUCAGGCAUUCCGUUACAAAUACCACAUAAAACGGAAUUCCAUCAAAUUAAUCAAUUACAGCAACCACAAGGUUACGAUGGAGUGGUUAAUGGAUUAAGCAAUCAACCGAAUUUCAAUGUUCAACCGACAACACUGAUUCUCCCACAAUCGAUUGAUUCAAUGAAUCCCGAAGAAGUCAAGAAGUUGCUGUCAGAUGCAAUAGCACGUGCUUCUUCUACGAAAACAGCAUCUUAU